UCAGAGCUAAAAUUCAUUUUCCAAAGCUCAUGCAAAUCUUCGCCUGUGUCAGAGGAAUGUCGAAUCUUGCCGUCGUUUUCGUUCUACGGACCGAGCGCUGUUGUUAUUCGGUGAAAGAUUCGACUUCAACGUCCAGCAAUGGGGAAGUGUGGAGCGCUAUAUUUGGAGCGCGGUUGGUUUACUUGCAGUGCAAAUCGCCAUUGACAGAGCUGUUUCCGAGUUCUUGAUCCACUUCCAGUUGAAUUUGACUUUCCUUUAUGCAGAUUAGCAUCUGUUCCUAAUUCAGAGCUCGAAAGGAAAACUGAGAAACAAAUUAUCCGAACUUUACUUUUUGAUUUAGCUUGGGUUUGAGUUUUCGCAGUGAGAUUUGUUCCUGAUUUGAAUUUCGGGUUGGAAGGGAACCCGUAGUUCCAUCUAAGAACAGCUUCAGAUUUUGAAUUUUGUUUGAUGUAAUUGCGGUGGAUUUCAUCUUCUUGAGACUGAAAAUCAGAAAAUUGGGUGACAAACUGAUCAGUUUGACUAGGAAAAUAUGGAGAGAUUCCUGUCAGCCAUCGUCUCAGAAGCUCAGGCGGGAGGGCAGUCACUGCUCGUUAAUAUAAAGAUUGCAGUGUUACCCAUAGCCAAAGUUUUCACCAUGUGCUUUCUGGGUUUUAUUUUGGCAUCUAAAUAUGUCAACGUCUUGCCUGCGAGUGGAAGGAGACUUUUGAAUAGGUUGGUCUUUUCGCUUUUGCUUCCAUGUUUAAUAUUCUCUCAGCUUGGGCAAAGUAUUACCAUGGAGAAAUUUUUUCAAUGGUGGUUUAUUCCUGCAAACAUUGUGCUGACUGCCAUAUCAGGUUCACUAAUUGGAUUAAUUGUUGCAUCAAUCGUUCGUCCUCCAUACCCCUUCUUCAAGUUCACGAUUGUACAAAUUGGGAUCGGGAACAUUGGGAAUGUGCCUCUCGUUAUUAUUGCAGCCCUCUGUAGAGACGAAUCCAACCCUUUUGGUGAUUCAGAGAAGUGUAGUACUUAUGGGAUUGCUUAUAUUUCAUUUGGCCAGUGGGUUGGUGCAAUUAUCAUCUAUACCUAUGUGUAUGCAAUGUUGACACCUCCCCCUGAGGGUACAUUUGACAUUAAAAAUGAAAGUAUUCCAGUUAAGAACCUGCAAAAGGAUCAUACACCUGUGCUUGUUCCCUUGCUUCUUCAGGAGAUACCUUCUACAUAUUCAGAUCCUUCUAAGAAGGAAGAGACUAAAGGAUUCCUUAUGUAUUGGUUUGAGAAAUUGAAGCUCAAGCUAUUUUUCCAGCCUCCUAUCGUUGCUUCGGUUUUAGCCAUGGUUAUGGGUGUAAUACCAUUCUUAAGGCGGUUGAUCUUUACUCCUGAUGCUCCACUAUUCUUCUUCACUGAUAGCUGCAAAAUUCUCGGGGGGGCUAUGAUUCCAUGCAUCCUGUUGGCAUUGGGAGGAAACCUUGUUGAAGGUCCUGGAAACUCGAAACUCGGGCUUCGGACUACCGUUGCCAUUAUUUUUGCAAGGUUGUUUUUGGUACCUCCUACUGGACUUGGCAUUGUUAUGUUGGCUGAUAAGCUUGGUUUUCUUCCUCCUGAUGAUAAAAUGUUCCGAUUCGUUCUUCUUCUUCAGCAUUCGAUGCCAACAUCUAUCCUCUCGAGCACUGUGGCUACUUUGAGGGGUUGCGGGAGAGAAUCGGCUGCUAUUCUUUUCUGGGUUCAUAUAUUUGCUAUCAUCUCAAUGGCUGGAUGGUUGGUCCUCUAUCUCAGGAUACUCUUCUAAUGAAAUUCAUUGUAUGAUAGCUAAGAAAAAACGAUAUCAUAGACUAUAAAGAGCGUUUUUUGAAUGUCCUAUUAAAAGUCUGAUACUUUUAAUAGUGUUUUUAUAAUUAAUACAGAGCGUUUUUUG